AUGCAGUUCUACUUGUCCACUUGUGGACUUUCAAAAUACCUCACAGAAGUGUGUCCUGCCAUAAGUGCGGAUGAGUCGGAUCCUUCGAUUGUUGCUGCUGUGCAAGCAUGGAUGUAUGGAGACUAUCUAUGCAAAAACCAUGUCCUUAAUAGAUUGGUGAACUCACUCUAUGGUGUGUAUUGUAAGAUAUCCACCGCUAAGAAAUUGUGGGAAGCUCUUCACAAGAAGUACAAGACUGAGGAUGCCGGCACAAAGAAAUUUGUGGUGAGCCGGUUUUAUGACUUCAAAAUGAUAGACUCAAAAUCUGUCGUUGCACAAGUGGAAGAGUUCCAACUUCUCUUGUAUAAAAUUGAAACAGAAGGAGUGAACUUGGGUAAGGCUUUCCUAGUAGGAACAGUCAUAGAGAAAUUACCUCCUGGGUGGAGCAACUACAAAAAUCGCUUGAUGCACAAAACCAAGGAGAUGAAUAUGGAGGAUCUAAGCCUUCAUCUGAGGCUUAAACAGGAAAAUAUGAGGAAGAGUGGUAAACUUCCAAGGGUGCCCAAGGCAAAUUUAGUGGAAACUUCCAAGCCCAAGUUCGAUGGGAAAAGGAAACGAGAUCACCAAGCCAAAGGCAAACAGUCACAAAAGUUUCAGGACAACUGCUAUGUCUACGAUAAACCCGGACAUAGAGCCAAAGAUUGUAUAAAGCGCCCAAACAACAACAAGGGAAAGGGCAAGGGAAAACCUGCCAAUCAAGCUCAUCUGACCGAGCAAGAAGGUGAAGAAGAUGAUGAGAUGCUUUGUGCUGUGGUCUCCCAGGUGAAUCUGGUGACAAAUACCAAAUAUUGGUAUGUGGACACAGGUGCAACUACUCACAUUUGCACUGACAAGAAUCUCUUCGCCUCCUAUGAAAAGAAAGAUGAUGGAGAGAAGAUCUACUUGGCUAAUGGUGUUCCUGCCACUGUAGAGGGAAAGGGUAAGAAGGGAUUCAAGAUGGUAUUUGAAUCCGACAAGUUCACUAUUGGGAAGGGUGAAAUGUAUGUGGGAAGGGGUUAUGCUAGUGAUGGCCUUUUUAAGACUUGUGUUGCUGUAAUGGAUGAAAAAUCCAAAUUUGUGUACCCAAAGGCUGUUAUUGCCAAUAAUAAUAAAGCAGAGUCUUCAGUUUAA